AAAUACAAGCAACAAUUUAAUAUUGCAGAUAACAGAAUUUUUCUUUCUUAGGAAGACUAUGAUCGUCUGAGACCUUUAUCUUAUCCUAUGACCGAUGUCUUCCUUAUCUGCUUCUCAGUGGUAAACCCUGCUUCAUUUCAAAACGUGAAGGAAGAGUGGGUACCGGAGUUGAAGGAAUAUGCACCUAAUGUUCCCUUUUUACUAGUAGGAACACAGAUUGAUCUUCGUGAUGACCCAAAAACUCUGGCAAGACUGAAUGACAUGAAAGAGAAGCCCAUAUCUGUGGAGCAAGGACAGAAGUUAGCGAAAGAGAUAGGAGCCUACUGCUAUGUGGAGUGUUCAGCUUUAACGCAGAAAGGACUGAAGACCGUUUUUGAUGAAGCUAUUAUAGCCAUUCUAACUCCAAAGAAACACAUAGUGAAGAAGAGAAUAGGCUCAAGAUGCAUAAACUGCUGUUUGAUCACGUGAGGUACAUUUGACAAUGGCCAGGCUUACUGUGAAAUUCUACUGAAUUUAAAUACAAUGCAUUAAGUACACAGCAAACUUGUUACAGGUUUGAAAGCUAAAACUACGAUUCUGCCUUCUACAACCAGUGGAAUCCAGAGGAAUAAAAUCAAACUCAACGAACUUGUAGUAAGAAGCCACCACGUUACAAAUAUUUUAUUCAGACUGGAAGGUACAGUCUCUCAGGGUUACAUAGUCUAGAGGAAGCAAAAACUGCACCACGCUGAAAUGGCAUCUAUGUGAUUUUAUUGAGUGGAGAUGCUUGGCCUGAAAUACUCUGUAUGAAUUUGGUUAGUCUUCUGCUUUGACUAUAUAUAUAUA